AUGCAAAUCUUUGUGAAAACAUUGACCGGCAAAACUAUCACUCUUGAGGUGGAGAGUUCUGAUACCAUAGACAACGUGAAAUCUAAAAUCCAAGAUAAGGAAGGUAUUCCUCCUGAUCAGCAAAGGCUUAUCUUUGCUGGAAAACAAUUGGAAGAUGGUCGCACCCUUGCUGAUUACAACAUCCAGAAGGAAUCCACUCUUCACCUUGUACUCCGAUUGAGAGGUGGAAUGCAGAUCUUUGUCAAGACCUUGACAGGGAAGACCAUCACCCUUGAGGUUGAAUCCUCUGAUACUAUUGAUAAUGUCAAAGCCAAGAUACAGGAUAAGGAAGGUAUCCCUCCUGAUCAGCAGAGGCUUAUAUUUGCAGGGAAACAACUUGAGGACGGAAGAACCCUAGCUGAUUACAACAUACAGAAGGAAUCUACCCUUCAUUUGGUGCUUAGAUUGAGAGGUGGAAUGCAAAUUUUUGUCAAGACUUUAACAGGAAAAACUAUCACUUUGGAGGUUGAGAGUUCAGAUACCAUUGAUAAUGUGAAAGCUAAGAUUCAGGACAAGGAAGGUAUCCCUCCUGAUCAGCAGAGGCUUAUCUUUGCUGGUAAGCAGCUUGAAGAUGGAAGGACCCUAGCUGAUUAUAACAUCCAGAAAGAAUCCACUCUGCAUCUGGUGUUGAGGCUUCGUGGGGGUAUGCAAAUUUUCGUUAAGACCCUUACUGGAAAGACCAUAACUUUGGAGGUAGAAAGUUCUGAUACAAUUGAUAAUGUGAAGACUAAAAUUCAGGACAAAGAGGGAAUUCCUCCAGACCAGCAGAGGCUAAUUUUUGCUGGUAAGCAAUUGGAGGAUGGUCGUACUCUGGCUGAUUAUAAUAUACAGAAGGAAUCUACUCUGCAUCUUGUUCUUCGUCUUCGCGGUGGCUUCUGA